AUGAAAGUCUCGUCGGGUGAGAUGCAGGCCCUGCAGGUCUUCCGCGCGCAAUAUUUCCAGCUCCUCGAUCUGGUGCAAAUGCGCUGGCCCGAGGCGCAGCUCCUCAAGAGGCCCGACGUCCAGGCAUGGCUCUUUGCGGAAAUGUUCGACAGGGACUCUAUUCAGUAUCCGCCGCCCGAGAGGUACCAGAUGCGCGUACUCAAGCGGGUUGUUUCCACCAUCGAGCAAGCUAUCGACAAUCCCGAAGAGGAUGAAUUAUCAGACGAUCUCAUGUCUUCUCUAUCUCUUCUCCUAGGCUCCAACCUUCCGUCUGAAUCCGCAUCGGCCCAGACGAAGUCGUACGUAACUUACAACUUUGGCAAUGAUCGUGCAGUCACGCUGCUUGAGUCUCGCGCUGUCAUCUCUUCAUCCGGAACCACUGGGCUUCGCACGUGGGAGGCUGCGUUGCAUCUAGGGGCCUAUCUGGCUAGCGAGUCUGGCCAGCAGUGGGUCCGAGGUAAAAGAGUGCUCGAAUUAGGAGCCGGCACCGGUUUACUUUCCAUACUAUGCACCAAGCACCUGCAAGCCACAAAGGCCACGGCAACCGACGGAGAUGAGGGCGUGGUCGAUAGUAUCAAGACGAACCUGUUUCUCAAUGGGCUUGAUGCCCAAGGAAGCACAGACUCGAUAGUGCUGAGAUGGGGUUGGAGCUGGGCACUGGAAGAGAGUCUCUACUACGAGGGCUCGAAAGAUCAAUAUGACGUUGUUCUUGGGGCGGACGUCACCUACGACAAAGCCGUCAUCCCGGUUCUGGUGUCCACCCUUGCUGAUUUGUUGCAGCACCAGCCCUCGCUGCAAAUUCUGAUCGCUGCUACAAUUCGUAACGAGCAGACAUUUGAGGCAUUUGAUGUGGCUUGCCGCCGGAACAAGUUGAGCGUUGAGGACAUGGACUUUGCACCGCCACCGGGUGACGACCAGAAUGGCCCGUUCUACCCAACGUCGACGCCCAUCCGCAUCAUCCAAGUAUCAAAAACUGGAGACACUGACCCCUUUGCCGUCCAAUGA